GUGGUGGGAUGAUCAGACGGGCGCUGCCAUGUGAUGACCAUCCAGCCACGCUGUAUGCGGCUGUGGAAGCAGCAACACCAACUCACACCACACCACACUACAAAGCAAGCGAGCGAUGAGCAACCCGCUGCUUAUAUUCCCCUCUCUUUCUCGCCCUCCCCUGACGGCCAUCACAACAACAACAGCAGCAGCAGCAGCCAACACACCCUCCACCGCCGAUGCAGCAGCAGCAGAGAAUACACCACCACCACCACUUGCUGCUGAACACAUUCCCCAGCCAACCAACCAACCAACCAACCCAUCGCCCACUGCUGUGGCGGAAGCUGGCUGUUUGCAGCUGGGAACAGGUGGCGACAGCACAAGUUGCGUUUUCGGCUGGAAGCAGCAGCAGCAGCAGAGGUGAUGCACACGCACAAGCAUCAGGAUGAGGGAAAUGUCAAGGAUACUUGCCACGCGUGCCAGCUGCACUCGCUUCACACAUGGUGGUGAGGUAUCAGCACACAUCACUUGGAAG